UUUAGUUGUUCAAGAAGAGAGAGAGGAAUAGAAAGAGAGGUGAAACUGUGAAAAUCACCGAGAUGCCACCUAACUCGGUAUUUUUAUUACCUGUAUUAUGCUUAAUAGUUCCUAUUUAUUCUAGAGGAUUCUUCGGAAUUCCAGGAGACUACUGCUCUGUACGAACUCAUACAUGUUGUGAGAACCGAGAUGAUGAUUGUACUGUUCCAAUUCUUGGAGAUCAUCUAUGUUAUUGUGAUAUGUUCUGUGAUCGAGGUCCCGAUGGAGGAAACGACUGUUGUCCGGACUUUGAGGCCACUUGCCGCGGAAAAGACAUUCAAAAUGACCAAAGGAUCGACGGAGAAAGUUGCUCGAUGGAUGGAGAUACAAAGGAAAAAAACUGUGAAAAAUGCACUUGUCACAAUGGUUUCUGGAAGUGUGAUGGUACUGCAUGUCUUAUUCAACCAGAUAUUCUUGAGAAAAUCCAUACUGGACGAUACUCAUGGUCUGCCCGUAACUAUUCGGCAUUUUGGGGUCGAAGCUUGAGUGAUGGAAUCAAAUAUCGAUUGGGAACUCUAUUUCCAGAGAGAAGUGUUCAAAAUAUGAAUGAGAUUCUUAUAAAGCCGAGAGAACUUCCAGAACAUUUUGAUGCAAGGGAUAAAUGGGGACCAUUGAUCCAUCCAGUUGCUGAUCAAGGUGAUUGUGGAAGUAGUUGGUCCGUUUCAACCACUGCAAUCUCUUCUGAUAGACUAGCCAUCAUAUCGGAAGGUAGAAUCAACUCAACACUUUCAUCUCAACAACUUCUAUCAUGCAAUCAACACAGACAAAAAGGAUGUGAAGGUGGAUAUUUGGAUAGAGCAUGGUGGUACAUUAGGAAAUUAGGAGUCGUCGGAGAUCAUUGUUAUCCAUAUGUGUCUGGACAAAGCCGAGAACCUGGGCAUUGCCUGAUUCCAAAGAGAGAUUAUACAAAUCGACAAGGACUUCGGUGUCCAAGUGGAUCUCAAGAUAGUACCGCUUUUAAAAUGACUCCGCCGUACAAAGUGUCAAGUCGUGAGGAAGAUAUUCAAACUGAACUUAUGACAAAUGGCCCAGUACAAGCAACUUUUGUAGUUCACGAGGAUUUCUUUAUGUAUGCUGGAGGAGUUUAUCAACAUUCUGAUCUUGCUGCUCAAAAAGGAGCAUCUUCCGUUGCAGAGGGAUAUCAUUCGGUUCGAGUUUUGGGAUGGGGAGUUGAUCACUCAACAGGAAAACCAAUCAAAUACUGGUUGUGUGCCAAUUCAUGGGGAACUCAGUGGGGAGAAGAUGGAUAUUUCAAAGUUUUAAGAGGAGAGAAUCAUUGUGAAAUUGAAAGCUUUGUUAUUGGAGCCUGGGGCAAAGGAUCAAAACGACGAAGGCGAUUCAAGAUGAGAAAACUUCGACGAUUCAGGAAGAUGUUCAAAUAAAAACUGGAGAUUACUUUAGAUUUGUUUAUGUUUCACCUUCUUCCCCGUCCAUCUUUCUAUAAUAAUCUCACUGCCAUCGCAGGGUUUUCAAAUCUCUUUUUUUUUUCUACGCCAAUAAUUUCCACGCAGAGUUACCUUGACUAUUCGCCUAAUAAAUAUCGCUUUUGAC